AUGGCGGAGGAACUGGCGCAGCUCGAGCAACUGCGCGCGUCGUCGCGGGACCUGGUGACCUUCUUGGAGCAAGUAUGCGAGGAAUUCGAUAUGAUCCAAGGCGAAAAUGAGAAAGCAUUACGUAUCAUGGAGAACUGGGCGGCGGUGUUUCAGGCGGCGAAGGGUGUCGCGCGGAUACAACUUGCCCAAGAUGGGUUGUCUGGCAGUUUUCGAAGGGACGCCGUGACAGCAUCGACCGCAACUCCCUCCGACGCCAAGCUAGAUGGAUGAUGUCCUUCAUUACAAUGCAGCUACCUUAUGAAGACACUCCACGCGUCCUUGUCACUCGUGCAAGUCGACGUCAUGAAAGUUCUCCUUUUCCGAUGCGGCCAUAGGUGCAACGGACGACGAAGCCGAAGAGGUUACUUGUCCGUCUAACUCGACCAGGAUGUUGUUCGCGCUGACCUUUCUCGUCCGUGCCAAAUCGCCGAGCGAUUCCGUCGGGCGGACCACGUCGUCGCC